AUGGCCACCGUCUCCUCAACCCCUUCUUCUCCCUGGCCAAAUACCAACCCUAAUCCCGAUUCUUCGCCUGCCUCUGAUUCCGACACUACUUUUCCCUCGCACCGCGAUCCUGGAUACGACACUGAGUCUCUCGAAUCCUUCUCCUCCAUGAGCCUCAACUCCGACGAGCCUAAUCGGAAUUCUGAUCGGAUUCCGGAUUCUAACCGGGACGUUAAUAUUCAAACGCCCAAUUCUCCAAAUUUACCGGCGACUCCUCCUCCGUCCUUGCUCCACCUCUCCUUCAACCAGGACCAUGCUUGCUUCGCCGUCGGAACCGAUCGCGGCUUUCGGAUCCUUAAUUGCGAUCCAUUUCGCGAGAUUUUCCGGCGUGAUUUCGAUCGUGGGGGUGGGGUCGCUGUCGUGGAGAUGCUGUUCAGAUGCAAUAUAUUAGCCCUUGUAGGUGGUGGACCUGAUCCCCAGUAUCCGCCAAACAAGGUCAUGAUUUGGGACGAUCACCAGAGCCGAUGUAUCGGAGAACUCUCUUUCAGGUCUGAUGUUCGAUCGGUUCGGCUUAGGAGGGAUCGGAUUAUAGUCGUCCUGGAGCAGAAGAUCUUUGUGUACAAUUUCGCGGACCUGAAGCUGCUGCAUCAGAUUGAGACCAUCGCGAACCCUAAGGGUUUGUGCGCCGUUUCUCAGGGAGCUGGCUCGAUGGUACUGGUGUGCCCAGGUUUGCAGAAAGGACAAGUUCGGAUCGAACACUACGCCUCUAAACGCACCAAAUUCAUCAUGGCUCACGAUUCUAGGAUUGCUUGCUUCGCUCUCACGCAGGAUGGCCAUUUGCUGGCCACGGCCAGCUCCAAGGGUACUCUGGUUCGGGUGUUCAAUACUGUUGACGGCACCUUGCGGCAAGAGGUAAGGAGGGGUGCAGAUAGAGCAGAGAUCUAUAGUUUGGCAUUCUCUUCAACUGCUCAGUGGUUGGCGGUGUCAAGUGACAAAGGAACAGUCCAUGUCUUCGGUCUAAAAGUCAACUCAGGCUCUCAGGUGAAAGACACACCUCGAAUUGCAUCUGAUGCUAGUCGCUCUGGCCCAUCCUCCCCAUCCUCGUCUCUGUCAUUAUUCAAAGGAGUGUUGCCAAAGUAUUUCAGCUCGGAAUGGUCGGUAGCUCAGUUCAGGUUGGUUGAAGGAACACAGUACAUAGUCGCCUUUGGUCAUCAGAAGAACACUGUUGUUAUCCUUGGCAUGGAUGGGAGCUUCUACAGAUGCCAGUUUGAUCCGGUGAACGGUGGAGAAAUGUCUCAGCUUGAGUAUCACAACUGUCUAAAACCGCCUUCUGUUUUCUAG